GCAAAGUUGCAGCCUCCAGGAGGAGAUGCCAUGACCUUCACCUUCACAGCCCUGCUCUGUCUGGGACUGACUCUGGGCCUGGGAACCCCAGUGCUGGCAGGGGCCCUCCCUAAGCCUAUCCUCAGAGCACAACCAGACUCUGUAGUCUCUCAGCAGACUACCGUAAUCUUCUUGUGUGAGGGGACCACAAGAGCCAAAGAGUACUAUCUGUAUAAAGAUGGACACCAAUAUUUAAGGUGCACAGAGACUCCACAGAGUUGUAAGGACAAGGCUGAAUUCUCAAUCUCAAAAAUAGACCAUUACCAUGCAAGGCAAUAUCGCUGUCGAUAUCAGACUGAUGAUGGAUGGUCAGAGUAUAGUGACUCCCUGGAUCUGGUGGUGACAGGACUCUACAGUAAACCCAGCCUGUCAGCCCAGCCCAGCCCUGUGGUGACUGAAGGAGGGACUGUCACCCUCCAGUGUGUCUCAUGGCAGUCAUAUCACAGCUUCAUUCUGAUUAAGGAAGGACCUCAGAAGCGCUCCUGGAUGCUGAACUCACAGUAUAACUCCUAUACUGGACAGUUCCAGGCCCUGUUCUAUGUGGGCCCUGUGACCUCCAGAAAAAGGUGGACAUUCAGAUGUUACAGCUUUAACAGGAACAGACCACAGGAGUGGUCAGAACCUAGUGACCCCCUGGAGCUCCUGGUCUCAGGGACCCUCCACAAACCCACCAUCAAGGCUGAGCCAGGCUCUGUAGUUUCUCUCAGAAGUGUUGUGACCAUCUGGUGUCAGGGGACCCUGGAUGCAGAAAUAUGUGUUCUGCAUAAAGAGGGAAGCCAAAAUCCCUUGGAUACACAGACCCCAGAGAAGCCUGAGAACAAGGCCAAGUUCUCCAUCCCUUCUGUGACACAGCAACAUGGGGGACAAUAUUGCUGUUACUGUUACAGCUCAGCUGGCUGGUCAGAGCCCAGUGACACCCUGGAGAUUGUGGUGAUAGGUGAAGGAAUCUACUACCAUAAUAAACCCAGCCUGUCUGUCCUGUCCAGCCCUGUGGUGACUUUAGGAAGGAAUAUGACCCUCCAGUGUGUCUCAUGGGAGGGAUAUGAGAAGUUCAUUCUCACCAAGGACGACCAGAAGUUUCUCAGCUCUCUGAACUCACAGUUUAUACACAGUAUUAGGCAGUGGCAAGCCUUGUUCUCUACAGAUCAUGUAACACAAGACCACAGCGGGACAUUCAGAUGUUACGGUUACUACAAGCAUGCCCCACACUGGUGGUCAGUACCCAGUGAGCCCCUGGAAAUACACGUCUCAGGUCUGUCCAAGAAGCCGUCCUUGCUGACUCACCAAGGCCAGAUCCUGGACCCUGGGAAGAGCCUCACCCUGCAGUGUUGCUCUGACAUCAACUAUGACAGAUUUGCUCUAUACAAGUUAGGGGAAGCUGACGUCACCCAGAAUGGUGGCCAAUGGACCCAGAGUGGCCUCUCCUUGGCCAACUUCACACUGGGUCCUGUGAGCAGAACUACUGGAGGCCAAUACAGAUGCUAUGGUGCACACAACCUCUCCUCUGAGUGGUCAGCCUCCAGUGACCCCCUGAACAUCCUGAUCACCGGACAGCGUUCCUUCAGUCCUUCCCUCUCAGUGAAGCCUAACUCCACAGUACACCCUGGAGACAACGUGACCCUGCUGUGUCAGUCAACAUACAAAGUGGACACUUUCAUUCUGUCCAAGGAGGGAGCAGCCCACCAACCCCAGCGACUAAAAUCCAAGUCUGAAGCUUCGGACUUCCAGGCAGAAUUCUCCAUGAGUGCUGUGACCUCUGACCACUCGGGCACCUACAGGUGCUAUGGAUCUCAAGACUCAUCUCCCUACCUGCUGACACAAGCCAGUGAACCUGUGGAGCUCACGGUCUCAGGAUCCAUUGGAACCUCAACCACACCACCCUCAAAGUUCAUGCCAACAGCUGGUGAGUAUCAGGCACCUCAGUGCAGGGAGAAACCAGGGGUCAGAUUCAUCCCUAGACUCUGCUCAGGAGACACUCUGUUUGUUCUUCUGACAGAUGCUUCGGUGAAGGACACACAGCCUGAGAAUGGUGCCAAGGUGGACAGUUGGAGAUCAGCUGAAGAAGACCCCCAGGGAGAGACAUAUGCCCAGGUGAAAGGCUCCAGGCUCAGAAGGGCAGGAGCUGUCCUACCCUCUGUCAUGUCAGGAGAAGUCCUGGACACCAAAGAUGGACAAGCAGAAAAUGACAGAGAGAUGGACAGUCAGGCUGCUGAAUCUGAGGAGCCUCAGGAUGUGACCUAUGCCCAGCUGUGCACCAGGUCACUCAGACAGGGGACAGCUGCACCUCCUCCCUCCCAGGCAGAGGAGGCCCCAGAGGAGUCCACUGUAUAUGCUGCUCUGGCAGUCACUCAACAAGGCUCUGUUCCCAGUAACAAGGAACAAUGACCCUCUACCUGCCAGGGGACCUAACAGAGACCUCCAAGGGAUUCUGUGAACUUUUGGGAACACGACUGCAUUUUAACUAACAUCAUACAUUUUGGAAAUAAAGCAGAUUUCUCAAUAAUCA